AAGGCAGCAAGCGCCAUGACGGAAGCCUGGAACGUGGCUGUCUUUGCAGCCCGCCGGCGCAACGAUGAUGAUGAUACCACGCGGGGAAGCGUGUUCGUUUACACCAACACGAACAACACCCGGGGCCCCUUUGAAGGUCCAAACUUCCACAUUGCGCCACGUUGGGUCUACAAUCUCGUUUCUCUCUGGAUGAUUAUCGUCGUCAUUGCUUCAACCUUCACCAAUGGAUUAGUGUUAGUGGCCACUGCCAAAUUCAAGAAGCUGCGGCAUCCACUCAACUGGAUCCUGGUGAACUUGGCAUUUGUUGAUCUGAUUGAGACGAUCAUUGCCAGCACGAUCAGCGUUAUCAACCAGUUCUUUGGCUAUUUCAUCCUGGGCCAUCCUUUGUGCGUCAUAGAGGGAUACAUAGUAUCUGCUUGUGGUAUCACAGGCCUCUGGUCCCUGGCCGUCAUCUCCUGGGAGCGCUGGUUUGUCGUCUGCAAGCCCUUUGGAAACGUCAAGUUUGAUUCCAAACUGGCCAUCAUUGGCAUUAUCUUUGCCUGGGUAUGGGCUUGGGGGUGGUCAGCACCACCCAUAUUUGGCUGGAGCAGGAUCUGGCCUCAUGGUCUGAAGACAUCCUGCGGUCCUGAUGUCUUCAGUGGCAACGUUGAGCUUGGCUGCCAGUCCUACAUGCUCACCCUCAUGUGCACCUGUUGUUUCUUUCCACUCUUUGUCAUCAUAUUCUGCUACCUGCAAGUGUGGAUGGCUAUUCAUGCGGUGGCCGCCCAGCAGAAAGAGUCCGAGUCAACCCAGAAGGCGGAAAGGGAGGUGUCAAGAAUGGUGAUGGUCAUGAUUGCAGCCUUCGUGGUCUGCUGGGGACCUUAUACCUCCUUCGUCACCUUUGCCUCCAUCUACCCUGGCUAUGCCUUCCACCCCCUUGCCGCUGCCUUGCCCGCCUACUUCGCAAAGAGCGCCACCAUCUACAACCCAAUCAUCUACGUCUUCAUGAACAGACAGUUCCGUAACUGCAUACUGCAGCUCUUUGGAAAGAAGGUGGACGAUGGCUCUGAAGCCUCCACCACAUCCCGCACUGAGGUCUCCUCCGUCUCUAACUCCUCUGUAGCGCCAGCAUAA